AUACACCCUGGGCGGGGCGUCUCUGCCUCAUUCUCGGACAAGCGUGCCCCGGGGUAUGCUGGGAAGGAAAAUAAAGCGCGUCGCGUGAGGUAUUUCCCUUGGAUUCGGUGCGCGGGAAGUUCGAGUGCGAGACCCGUUGCUCGUUUCCAUGGUGCUCGCAGCACAAAGAAGCUUGCGGUGGCAAAACCCCUAGUGCUUUUGUGGUGUAAUUCCAUGGGGCCAGUACCUACCAUGAAGAUCCUUCAUUCUACACCAAGCACUCUUGCCAUUGCCUAAGAACUAGACGUGACAAUGGAAGAGGCGACUGCUUACUUGAGAGAUGGGGUCCUAUCCCAUCUGGAAAAGCUAGAAGCUCAUGCACGGAAAUUAGCACUGAAGCAAGAUGAAACUCAACGUCAGCAGGAGAAUUUGGUCAGGCUGAGAGCAAGAAUCCAGGAGCUGAGACUCCAAAGAGAUGAACUCCAGACCAAAGUGAAUCUGCAGCAAGUUAGGCUCAUCAGGCAGGAAGGACCCACCAGCAGUAAUGUGGAGCCCGUCCAGGCAGCGGAGAUCAGGGGGCAAGCUCUUCUAAAAUGGAAAGUGGAAAAUGUCAAGGCCAUGCUGCAAGCAUUUCAUCUGACAGGUCUUAGUGGGAAAUUGACCAAACAAGGAGUCUGUUUCUGCAUCAGCACAGCUUAUGAAGGCACCUACCUGGACUCCUACUACCUGGACCUCCUCAUACAGCAACCAGUCCAGAUUCGUCACCACUCUGUCCCCAUCUUCAUCCCCUUGGAGCAAAUAGCCAAGAAGUACUUGCAGACCAACAUCAAAUGCUUCCUGGCUAUGUUGUCUGAUCACCUGAAUGCUUAUGCUGGAAGGAAAUACCAGGCAGAUCAGUUACAGGACCAUUAUUCAGCCUUUCUCGAAGGAACCUUGCAGAGAAACUCGUUGCAUAAUGUACUGUUCUUUAAUUAUGAUGUGGAAACAGAAAGCAAGACCUUUCCAUUCAGAGCAAAGCUGGUUUAUGGCGAUCUCACCCGUAGUCUUCCAACUGAGGCCACUAUUACAUGUAAAGCAGGGGAUGUUUCUGACUCUCUGGUAGAGAAGACAGCAGCUCAUUCAAACUUGUUCCGCCACACGGCUCUGCACAAAGCCUUCGAUUCCUUCAAAAGAGCAGCAGAAAGUCUGGAUCAGACAGCGUAAGCAGAUGGCGCCCUGUUCCCAGAUCAAAUGCACUUACUGUGCCUUCUGAUCGCUGCAAAGCUCCCUGGGAGGUUGCUACUGUGUAAAUGCUUUUUAGACUGGACUGCAGCAGAGUUUUGGGAAAAUGCCUGCGGAAUAGCUAAACCAGUUCAUAGUACUGAGAGCACUGUCGUCUUGAGCAGCCUUUAGAUGCCUGGUCUCUGCAUAUCCUUCUAGAGCUCCUCUCCUCCGGCGUAUUGCUAAAGGGUUGCUGACAGACUAACAUAGUUGCUACCAUGGCUCCAUAUUACUUCACCAGACUGGACAGUAGACGGACACAGGAAAUCCAUCUCUCCACUGGAAUGGGAAACCAAAAAGACUUUCAGAGCUGUCAGAGUACUGGGUACUCAGCUGCUUGUCUCUCGCCAGUGGGAGGCUCUGGACGUCAUUUGCUAGUGGGAGCAUGGAGCCCGGCU